AUGGCUUUCCACUAUGAUGUUGCCUCUUGGCCGACUGUCUCCGGCGAUGACUGCGAUCUCACCGUCCGAACUAGCAACGGCUGGCUUUUCAACUGCCACCUCGACCCGCUUCAAUUUGUUCAGUCGCCCCAGAUGAUGGAGGAGUACUUCAAAUGUCUCAGCAAGCUUCGGUUCGGCGACGACGGGACGGACGGUUUCUCUCGAGAAGACGCCUGCGAUUCGUUACUCCUACCAUUCAGGUACCUGAUCGCUGAGCUCGCGCAGCCCACAAUUCCGCUACCAAUAUUAACAGCGAGUGGACGACCGACAUUGUCUCAAUACCUCUUUCCUCAGCAAGUAUCCUGCAUCCUUGAUGGCGAGGAUAACCAUAUACGGCCGAUUCAGGUACAAGACUCCCAAGAGUAUACCUGGCGGGCUUCGACGCUCACGCUAGAUGACGACUCCGUCAAGGACCUUGGUCGGUGGACGCAGACCUUCCAUCCAUCCAAGAUCGAAGUCUGCUACGACAAACCCCGUCAUGUCCUCAUCAAGCCUCCGACAAGGGUCAUACUUAUCAACCCUGACGGCCAAUCAGUCACUUGUUUCUUCAAGCCAUUCAGAGCUUCAUCAGGCACUGCACAGGCAAAUAUCGAGCUCAGCACCUACCAAAGGAUGGCGAGAGCACAGAGGGUUCCUCCGUAUGUACGGCUUUGUCAACUCUACGGCCUUGUUCGGGAUGGGAGCGUAUUACUGGGCAUGCUGUUCCCUUGGAUCGACAAGAGAGAGGUAUUAUCAAGGCGGCUUGCUAAACAGAGUCCGCCUGACUUGCGGCGACGUUGGGCAUCUCAGAUUGACGGGUCAGUUAAGACGCUUCAUCGACAAGGCGCUGUCUGGUGUGAUGCCAAGGCGGACAAUGUCCUCAUUGAUAAGAACGAUGAUGCUUGGGUUAUUGACUUGGGGGGGAGUUAUAUUCCGGGGUGGGAUGAUCCAGAGAUGGCUGGACCGGUGGAUGAGGAUGAGCUGGGCUUGGGGGAGAUUAUGGAUAUGCUUCUUUGA